AUGACAGAAGAGCAAGUAGAAAAUCUUUCUAUUAAUGAGGAAGAUGAUGUGGUUGAUCCUUGGAAUGUAGCUGGGAAGUCCCAAACUGGAAUUGAUUAUGAUAAGUUAAUAAAAAGGUUCGGUAGUCAAAAAAUUGAUGAUGAAGUCAUAGCAAGAUUUGAGAAAGUAACAGGAAAAAAAGCUCACCAUUUUCUUAGACGUGGUAUAUUUUUCUCUCAUAGAGAUAUACAUAGUAUUUUAAAUCUAGUAGAGUCAGGUAAGAAAUUCUACUUGUAUACUGGAAGAGGGCCCUCGUCUGAUAGUAUGCAUAUUGGGCAUAUGAUACCUUUCAUGUUCACAAAAUGGCUGCAAGAAGUCUUUGAUGUGCCCUUAAUCAUUCAACUUACUGAUGAUGAAAAAGUCAUGUGGCGUGACAUAAAGAUAGAAGAUGCUCGGCAAAUGGCCUUUAACAAUGCUAAAGACAUAAUCGCUUUAGGUUUUGAUCCUUCAAAUACCUUCAUUUUUAAUGAUUUAGACUUUAUUGGCCAGUGUCCAGCUUUUUAUCAAAAUAUGUUACGUAUACAGAAAUGUGUGACAUUCAACCAAGUGAAAGGUAUCUUUGGAUUUGGUGAUUCAGACAUCAUCGGAAAAAUAACAUUCCCGUCUAUUGAGGCUGCUCCGGCUUUCUCCACAUCUUUCCCAUUUAUUUUUGGAGAUAAAAUUUUGCCGUGCCUGGUGCCGUGCGCCAUCGACCAGGACCCGUACUUCCGGCUGUCGCGCGACGCGGCGCCGCGUCUGCGCCUGCCGAAGCCCGCGCUGCUGCACGCCGCCUUCCUGCCGGCGCUGCGCGGCGCCAAGCACAAGAUGUCUGCCUCCGACCCGCACGCCACCGUCUUCCUCGACGACACGCCCAAGCAGAUCAAGAAUAAGAUAAACAAGUACGCGUUCUCCGGCGGGCGCGACACCGUGGAGGAGCACCGCGCGCGCGGCGGCGACGCCAGCGUCGACGUUUCCUUCAAGUACCUAACUUUCUUCCUCGAAGACGACGACAGGCUCGCUGAGAUAAAGAAAUUAUACGAAUCAGGCGAAAUGUUAACCGGCGAGCUGAAGAAGAUCGCCAUCGACACGAUCACGCCCAUCGUGCAGGAGUACCAGGCGCGGCGCGCCGCGGUCUCCGACGACGUCAUGAAGGAGUUCUUCGCUAUAAGGAAAUUGAACUUU